AUGUUCCUCACACUCAGGAAAAAAGCGCUUCACUCUGAGGACAAAGUUUUUCAAUCUGAGGACAAGGUUUCUCACACUGAGGACAAGGUUCCUCAAUUUGAGGACAAGGUUCUUCACUCUGAGGACAAUGUUCUUCACUCUGAGGACAAGGUUCUUCACUCUGAGGACAAGGUUCCUCACUCUGAGGAGAAGCUUGUUCAAUCUGAGGACAAGGUUCCUCACACUGAGAACAGGGUUCCUCACUUUCAGGACAACGUUCUUCACUCUGAGGACAACGUUCCUCACUCUGAGGACAAGGUUCCUCACUCUGAAGACAAGGUCUCUGAGAACAAGGUUCUUCACUCUGAGGACCAGGUUCUUCACUCUGAGGACAAGGUUCUUCACUCUGAGGACAAUGUUCCCCACACUGUGGACGAGGUUCCUCUCUUUGAUGACAAGGUUCGUCACUCUGAGGACAAAUUUCUUCACUCUGAGAACAAGGUUCUUCACACUGAGGACAAGGUUUUUCAUUCUGAAGACAAGGUUGCUCACACUGUGGACAAGGUUCCUCACAUUGAUGACAAGGUUCGUCACUCUGAGGACAAGGUUCUGGACUCUGAGGCCAAGGUUCUUCACUCUGAGGACAAGGUUUUUCAUUCUGAAGACAAGGUUCCCCACACUGUGGACAAGGUUCCUUACUUUGAUGACAAGGUUCGUCACUCUGAGGAGAAGGUUCUUCACUCUGAGGACAAGGUUCUUCACUCUGAGGACAACGUUUUUCACUCUGAGGACAAGGUUCUUCAUACCGAGGACAAGGUUCCUGACUCUGAGGACAAGGUUCCUCACUCUGACGACAACCUUCCUCGUUCUUAG